AUGGCACCUUUCGCUCCCGACGACCAUUUCAAAUUCCUAUAUGUCUGCUUUCAGAACAAGCACAAUGAAUCUGUCGACUUCAAGGGAGUAGCCAAGGUUUACGAAGGCAUCAAGGAGAAUACACUACGUAUGCGUCUCCAACGAAUCCAUGAGGCGAUGAGAGGAAAAGGACGCAGCAGCACCAUCAAGGCCCUUACCGGCGCAGCUACGGCGCCAAUCAACGGAACGAACGGGAAAGUUGGUGCUAAUGGGAAGGGUGCUGUCAGUGGGAAGGAUGGUGCUGAUGCGAAGGGUGGUGCUAAAGGGAAGGGAAAGGAGGGAACGAAGCGGAAGUUUGAGAGCGAUGAGGAUGAGGAUGAUGAUGAUCGUAUGAGUGGCCCGCUGAUUAAGAAGGAGAAAUUGGAGGACGAGGACGAGGAGGCCGCUUAG